GCAAACACACUACCCGUCACAGGUGUUGAGAGACUCACCUGAGAAGGAGGUCCGGAUGGCUCGCACGGACCUUGGUCACCAUCACCGGUGGUUACCAGCAUCAGGGGUAAACGAAGAGGAGGAAGGGCUGUUGGCUGGGGACCUGGGCUGCGGUCCUGGUCGAACUCAGCUCCUCGACCAGUUGGCUAAAGAGGAAUACUACAGUAGUGUGAGGUUUGCCGUCGGCUACCAGGAGCUACAGGCACGCUGGUCGACGGACUGGGCUACUGAUGGAUUUAGGGUCAUGGACACCUCCCAGCCAUCCUCCAGAACGAAUACGUCGCACCUUUCACCACUUGAUGAGUCUCCAGUGGCUCCUUCCUGCCCCCUACAUGACGAUUCUCCUAAAGGGCAACAUUCAUUCCUCCAUUCACUUCAGAAGUCAUCCAAGGGGUCAUCGUCCUCGCGGGCUGACAUGCCGACAAGGAAACACUCCCUUCUUCUCCCCCUUCCCGAGUUUUCUGCAGCGUCCUCGUCAGGGUAUGUGGACGUGGGUGAUUCACGGUGGCGCCGCAGUAGAAGGUGGGGCUCCUCGACGGAUUGUUCUCCCCUGGGGACGCCAUCACCGCUCUUAUCAACAGCUCCUUCUCCCAUUGCUUCGUCCCCCUCCACUUCCCUCACCUCCUCCCCCAGACGGAUCAGGGCGCGUCAUAGAGACACUAUCGGGGUGUCGUCGUGUACGUCAUCGCCUGGAUGUGCAUUGUCGUCAGGGUCGUACUGCUGUGGGGACGACGAGGGUCCCAGCGAGGAGCUCCACGACGACCACAGCGCAGAGGGACGACGUGGAGGGCUGCUGGAGGCCAUACGACGUGUGUUACACAACCUAAGACGACGACCGCAACAACACACCACCACCCCCUUACACGGCCAGCAGGUGGCAGAGUUGGAGGCCGAGCUGGAGUCCUACAAACAGCUGAGUGUGGCCAAGAGACAGGCAGCAGACCUCCUCAAGCACCAGCUGAUGGAGGCGCUGUACGAGCAGGUGGUGAGGCAGGUGGAGGAGAAGCACCGCAGGAGACAGCUGGAGCAGGAACUGAUGGCCCUCGAGUUUGAGGUCCACCAGUUGAGGUCCACAACACGGCGUCAAGACUUCAACGACCUUGACACUCAGCUGCUGAAGGCUUUUUCAGAGAAACAGCUGAUACGACGUCAGCUGGGCUCACAACUGAUUCAUGAUGUCAGCCACCCGGGCCGUGACGUAAACCACCAUAGUCGUGACGUCACACCUCAGCUCGACGAUUGCUCUCGGCGAGUGAGAGUGACGCGGAAGAAUACACAGAGACGCUGCUCAUACUAAUGAGAAACAUAAGGCGCCGGAACAAGUAGUAUGCCAUUAGGAUGCACUUCUCAUCCUCUUUUAAAUGGAAACAAUUGAAUAUGCAUAUGCUUGAAAAUAAAAUAUCUUUUAUAGUUGUCAAUAAGAUAAAAACUAGCUUCCUGAGCAUGUUAAAGAUCUUAGUUGUUGAUGCACCUUAGUACUUAAUAAAAAUCUCGUUGGAGUUAUUUUAAAAAAUGCCAUUCAUUAGUGAAAAUUAUGAAAAAGCGCUGUGUGAAUUCUGACACAAAAAUAAAGUUAUAGGAAUAAUUUUUGUAAGUCAUAGAUCGUUAAUGUGAAAAGACUGGGUGUGUAUGUUGACAAUGAACUGAAGUUCUCGGGGCAUUGUGAGGUGAAUUUAAUAAUAAAGUUAUUAUAGUAAGUUGUCAGUUAUCGUAACGCUCUUCAAGGGUUACGUGCUUCCCCGUUUAGAGUACGGUCACCUAGUCUAGUCUCCGAGAUAUGCAAGAGGCUGUCAGUUGAUUGAAAAUGACCAAAGGAGGGCCACCAGACUGCUGCCUGUGCUAAGGUACUUCAAUUACCCAGAGAGAUUAGACCGCCUGCAAAGGCCUAGCUUAUGCAAUAGACGGGUAAGAGGUGACUUAAUUGAAGUUUACAAAGAUCUCAGAGGGCACUACUCAGACGAAUGUCCAUACUUGGAGAUGGCGGAAACCCGCACCACUAGAAGUCAGCUCAAGGUUGAACAAGCCACAAUUCUAGAAAAUUGUGAGGGCAAACUUUUUUGGAAUGAAUAUUGUAAACUCGUGGAAUAAUCUGCCAGAGUGAUGUGACAACACCGUGUGCGAGCUUUUUCAAGACCAGACUUGACCAACACUGGCGCAGGUACAGACUACAGAUACAUCCUGGAGUCUGGAGCCAGUAUACAUGCCUAGUACUUGCCAUCAUGGGUAACAAGGGACGUGACCAAGCGGCUAACGAGUCGAUCAGUGGCGAAGAGAAUAAAGGUAAAAAAAUAAAAAAAGUAAGGAGUUUAUAGACAUCAUCAAUAUAAACAAACUGGUCGCUACUACUGAGUCUCCGCCCGAGAUGUGUCUCUGUACUGUACACUAUUAAGUUUACAAUGUAUUCAACGCCUCUGUCACAGCAUAUUCAAGUUUACCGUGAUUGCAGGUAUGUCAGUGUAGAUAUACAGGGUAGUAUUAGUACAUUUGUGAGUCUAUAGUUCGAAUCUUAGACCUUGUAUAGGCUGAUGAUACGGUAGUGUUCAGUCAUCAGUUCUCGAACCCUUUGUCGAGAUAACAAAGCCACAUUUCGAAACAAUAAAACCUGAUUUUUCUGAAAAACAAAUUGAGUUAUAUUAAUUAUGAGUAUAAAUAUCUACAUAUUACUGAUCUCACAAAAAUUCAGGUGGUCUUUAGUUAUUUGUGUGUUGAUACAUUCAGGAAAUGAAACCCCGAGAUUUACGAAAUCCAACUGACUUUUUUGUAAAAAUCGUUAUACUGUAGUUAGGUACUGUUAACCAUAACUAGCAUAAGUAUCGUAAACUAUAAGAAAAAUCAGCCUUAGAUAUUCUCAGACAAGUUAGGCUUAUUAUUAAGUACGGGUUCGUUAUCUCAUCUGGGGAUGAGGGAGUCGGUAGUGCCUUCAGACCGAUUCAGAUAAAGGUACUGUUAACGGUAUAAUAUAUUGAACACUAUUGUGAAUGUUGACAAAAGUAACUCGGAUACGUUUAGAAUUUAGUGAGAGUUUGAUGUUAGCGAUGUGGAUACAGUAGGUGUUUUCGUGUAGCGGGUUCUAUACGAAACAUUUCACCUGAUUGUGUAAGUCUUGAUAAUGUUGUCUGGUCGCCAUUAAUGUUGACAGAUCAAAUCUAACCUAACUCAACUUGCCUAACUAAACUUAUCCCAUUUUUACUUAACCUAACUUACCAAACCUGAUUUAACCUAUCCAAAUUUAUGUCAACCUAACUUACCCACCUAAUCUAUCCUCACCAAAUCUAAGCUAACCUAACCAAACCAAAUCUAACCUACGAAAUCUAUCUAAUCUAUCCUAACCUAACCCAACCAACCAAACCUAUUCAAACAUGAGCAAACCUAACCAAACUUAACCUAGCCUAGCCUAAUCUAACCGGACCUAACCUAAACCUAAGCUAUCUAAAUCUAAAUUAAUCUUGCAUUCGUUAUCUACGUUAGGUUAAGUUAGGUUGGUUCACUUUAUCUGUCGUUAUAUUAAGGUACUUUCAUAAUACAAUAUCCUACUCGAAAUAUAUGAAGUUCUUUAUUGUUAAAUAUAUUUCACCUAAUUUAGUCCACGCACUGAAUUAUGUAGGUUUGUCUGUCUGUCUGUAGAUGUUACUAUGGAAAUCUUAAUGGAAUUUAGUAGAGUAGAUGGGAGUAUUUUUUAUUGCAGAACAAAUGAGUAUUAUUCAUGCCUUUUAAUUAAUAUACCCUUAAAAAUAUGUAUUCGGUAUAUUGGGUGAAUUAUUUUUAUUAAUAAAUCCACAAAAAAUA